AUGUCGGCUACGACCACCUCGACGCUCACGACCACCACCCUUGUCGGUAUGCCCUCUGCGGUGAUGAAUGUCGCGACCCUUUCCGAGAAACAGUGUCCAACGUGUGGGGGAAACGGCGGCACUCACGAUGCCUCUGAGGCUCAGCGUCGGAUCCAGGAGUUGGAGGGGCAGGUACAGCACUUGACGGAGCACGCUGCGAUGACUGCCAACAAACUCGCCGACUACGAAGACGAACUGCGCCGACGGCGCGCCUCCCAACCAGCCUACGACACGCCGCGAAGCAGCUCCUCUCUCCCUCCGUCCUCAUCUCACGCCGAAAAGUCCCCGUCGCCACGCGCGGCACCUGUAGCCCGCAAUGCGACGUCGCCGCCUGUGCAGCAAACCCAGGGCCGCCUGUCAACCCUCACCUCACUGCUCCCCUACCGCCGCGGCAGUGCUACCCCGACCAACGCACUUGCGCCAGCACCAACAACGCCGACAGCACCUACGAACCCGCUCCAGCAACAAGCAUCGCCCGCUAGCAGCGACAACGCCUCCGAACUGCAAGAUGCCCUGACUCGUGAGCAGGGCCUGCGCAAGGCCGCCGAGUCGCAGCUCUCGCAAGCGAGCACCGAGCUGGAGGAGCUGACCGUGCAGCUAUUCAGCCAAGCGAACGAAAUGGUUGCGCAGGAGCGCAAGGCGCGCGCCAAGCUGGAGGAACGCGUCGCGGUGCUGGAGCGCCGUGAUAUCGAGAAGCGGAGCAGGCUGGAGAGGCUAGAGAAGUCCAUGGCUCGCGUGGAGAGGCUGAAGGCCCUGGUCAAUGCGUAG